AUGAAGGACAGGUAUCAAUACGGACACAGCUAUUUUGGCACCAAGCUAACAUGUGGAGGACAGUAUCAAACGGACACAGCUAUUUGUGGCACCAAGCUAACAUGUGGAGGACAGUAUCAAACGGACACAGCUAUUGGUGGCACCAAGCUAACAUGUGGAGGACAGUAUCAAACGGACACAGCUAUUUGUGACACCAAGCUAACAUGUGGAGGACAGUAUCAAACGGACACAGCUAUUUGUGGCACCAAGCUAACAUGUGGAGGACAGUAUCAAACGGACAAAGCUAUUUGUGGCACCAAGCUAACAUGUGGAGGACAGUAUCAAACGGACACAGCUAUUGGUGGCACCAAGCUAACAUGUGGAGGACAGUAUCAAACGGACACAGCUAUUUGUGGCACCAAGCUAACAUGUGGAGGACAGUAUCAAACGGACACAGCUAUUUGUGGCACCAAGCUAACAUGUGGAGGACAGUAUCAAACGGACACAGCUAUUUGUGGCACUAAGCUUACAUGUGGAGGACAGUAUCAAACGGACACAGCUAUUGGUGGCACCAAGCUAACAUGUGGAGGACAGUAUCAAACGGACACAGCUAUUUGUGGCACCAAGCUAACAUGUGGAGGACAGUAUCAAACGGACAAAGCUAUUUGUGGCACUAAGCUUACAUGUGGAGGACAGUAUCAAACGGACAAAGCUAUUUGUGGCACCAAGUUAACAUGUGGAGGACAGUAUCAAACGGACAAAGCUAUUUGUGGCACUAAGCUUACAUGUGGAGGACAGUAUCAAACGGACAAAGCUAUUUGUGGCACCAAGUUAACAUGUGGAGGACAGUAUCAAACGGACAAAGCUAUUUUGUGA